AUGGACGUUGACCGAAGUGUGGCAGAUGAUGUUGAAAGUAAUGCGCCGGCUCCCGCACAAGGGACCGCGCGUGAAGAGAGUAGACAUGAGACACAUAGUCAGGACGAGGCUCGGGAAGCCUUCCUUCGGAUGAUGAGUGAUUGGUAUACAAAAUAUGUCCGUAUAAAUCCGAAUGUUCCACCUCCUCCACCCCCUCCUAUUCCUCAACCGGUUCCCGUAGCUCCACGAAGUGCUGAAUUGGUGAGAUCGAGUAAACCACCCGUGGAUAGAAUUCAAAGCAUGGGGUUUGAAGAUUUCGAGGCUAAUGUUGAUGAUGAUCCUAAAAGCCGAGAGUCGGCAUACCGUUGGUGGAAAACGUUAAUAUCGGUGGUUCCAAAAGAAAGAGUUACCUGGGACUUCUUUCAGGAGGAAUUCAGAAAGAAAUAUGGCCGAAUGUCAAUAGCAGAAUAUGAACGGGAGUUUGUCCGGCUUAGUAAAUAUGCCCAGGAAUGUGUGCCCACAGAGGCUAUGAUGUGUAAAAGAUUCGAAGAGGGGCUAAACGAAGAUAUCAGAUUGCAUGUUGGGGUUUUAGAGUUAAAAGAAUUUGUGGUAUUGGUUGAUCGAGCCUGCAAGGCUGAAGAAUUGAGUAAGGAAAAGAGAAGAGCGGAGAUGGAAGCUCGAGAUGUAAGAAAAAUGUCGAUGAGCAGGACCUUUCAACCCCAAUCGAAGAAGCUUAAAGGGAUAGAUCCACGACCAACUGGUUCAGCUGGGUACUCACGUAGAGACCGAGGGAGGUCGUAUUCUGGAGCCAGAACUCAAGCUACCUCGGUGGCAAGUGUGGGCAAUGUGGGAAAUACUAGACCUGAGUGCCAACAGUAUGGCAGGCGACAUACUGGUGAGUGUUGGGGAUUUAAACGAGCUUGUUUCAGGUGUGGUUCUCAAGAACACUAUAUAAGAGAUUGCCCUGAGAGAAUAGAGGAAGAAAAAUUGCAAAGAGCUGGAUCGGGUGAUAUUGUUAGUAGAGGCAGACCACCGAGGAAUGUUGGGAGCAAAGCCAGUGGUCAAAGUGUGGUGAAAGAUGCAGCUGGGAGAUCAGACACUAGAGCGCCUGCCAGGACUUAUGCCAUACACACUUGA